CAACACAGUGUCAGCGCAACACGUACAAAACCAAGAGGUCCAUCUACCACGCCGAGAAACAAAAAAAGUCCGGGCCGCGCGCAUGCAGAGGCGCAUCACGACCUAGUUCGCCGCCAUGGGCACACCGGGGACUAGAAGCAGAGCACGCCUCCCUCUGCUCCCGGCGGCGGCGGACGUGCUCCGGUGCCUCCUCCUCGCCGUUGCCGCGGUCACCGCCGGCGCCGACUCGUCCGCGGCGUCGCCGGUGAUCCUGGCGACGGUGUGCGGCGCCAGGACGGCGCCCAACCCGGAGGGGUUCGACGUCAGCUUCGUCAACACCCUGGAGCUCAUCUACCAGAACGUGACGCGCUCCGGGUUCGGCGCCGCCGCCUCCGGCUCCGGCAACGACUCCGUCUACGGCCUCGGCCAGUGCCUCGCCUACCUCUCCCCGACCGACUGCCAGCUCUGCUACGCGCAGAGCCGCGUCAAGCUGCCCCACUGCCUCCCGGCCGACGGCGGCCGCAUCUACCUCGACGGAUGCUUCCUCCGCUACGGCGCCGACAACUUCACCGCGGCCGCCUCCGACGCCGGCGACGCGGCAGUCUGCUCCAACGACACCGCGCCGUCCACGCCGGCGUUCGCGGCCGCGGCCGCCUCGCUGGUGCGCAACGUCACGGCGUCCGCUCCUGGGGCCAAGGGGUACUACUACGCCGCCACGGCGUCGGCCUCCGCGAUGCCGUCCGGCGCGCGCGUGUACGCCGCGGCGCAGUGCUGGAGGUCGCUGAACGCCACCUCCUGCGCCGCGUGCGUGGCCAGCGCGCGUGACCGGGUGGUCGGCCGGUGCCUUCCCGGCGCUGCAGAGGGGUACGGGCUCAACGCCGGCUGCGUCGUCAGGUACUCCACGCAGCCCUUCUACCUGCCGGCGAACGCCGGCGGCGGCGGUGGCGGAUCAUCAACUCGGCACAUAAUCAUCGUCGUCUUCGCCUCGGUCCUCUCUGCCAUGGCGGCCAUCGGCAUAGCAUUUAUCUGGACAAGAAUGAGGCGCGGGAGAAACCACCUCCACCACGACGACAUGGACGGCUCAGGCGAGCUCAUCCGCGCCAUCGCCGCGUCGCAGCUCGGUUUCCGGUACGAGGAGCUGCGCAAGGCGACCGAUGAUUUCAACCAGAUCAACAAGCUCGGCCAGGGCGGCUACGGUUCAGUUUACAAGGGUGUGCUGGCAGAUGGCCGGGAGAUCGCCGUGAAGCGGCUCUUCCUCAACACGCGGCAGUGGACCGACCAGUUCUUCAACGAGGUGAAGCUCGUCAGCCAGGUGCAGCACAAGAACCUCGUCAAGCUCCUCGGCUGCAGCGUCGAGGGCCCCGAGAGCCUCCUCGUCUAUGAGUACCUCUGCAACACCAGCCUUGAUCACUACCUAUUUGAUGCCUUCAAGAAGAACGCGUUGGAUUGGGAGCGGCGGGCGGAAAUCAUCCUUGGGACAGCGGAGGGUCUUUCAUACCUUCAUAACGCCUCCGAGAUCAGGAUCAUACAUAGGGACAUCAAGGCCAGCAAUGUGCUGUUGGAUGAAAAGUUCAGGCCUAAGAUUGGUGACUUUGGCUUGGCGAGGAACUUCAUGGAAGAUCAGACCCACCUCAGCACCGGCCUCGCCGGAACAUUUGGAUAUAUGGCCCCGGAAUACAUCGUCCACGGGCAGCUGACGGAGAAGGCAGACAUCUACAGCUACGGCGUGCUAGUCCUCGAGAUCAUCACCGGCCGGAAGAACCACAACUCGAUGGCGUCAUCGGCAGAAGGACUCUCCCUUAUGGCACUGAUAUGGAAGCACUACAACACAGGCACACUGAUGGAGCUCCUGGACCCGAACCUCCGGGAGGAAUGCUCGGAGAGGGAAGCUCUCAAGGUGUUCAAUGUUGGUCUACUGUGCGCGCAGGCGUCGCCUAACCUCAGACCGCCGAUGUGGAAGGUGGUGGAGAUGCUGGGCAGAGGGGAUAGGGUGCUGCCACACCCAACCGAGCCUCCGUUCAUCGACGUAAAGGGGUCGAACGCGAAUAGUUACGGCUCAGGGUCGUCAUUUUCGCUGAAGUCAAACUCUGACAAGUCACCGUUGUCCACAAACCAGUUGUCAGUGAGUGGAGUACAGGCUAGGUGAUCAACAGGGUGUGAAGCAUCAUCUGAACAUUCUUUUCCAUUUUUAUGUUAGGAUGUUGUUGAAUUACUAACUGUAAACGUUGUGAUCACAUAAUCACGCUUGUAAGAUGUAAGUAAGUAUAUAGAGAAUUGUCAAUUUUGUCCAA